AUGUGCACAAUUCGCGCGUAUCAAGACCCCGUCGCCCUUGAGGCUCUCGCCAGGAAUCCCAACAUCGUCACGGACGCACAUAUUGACAGCUUGCUUCUUGCCUGCGCUGGCAUCCCGACACUCAGGCGCUCUUACGCCACAUUACUGCGGCUCGUCAGUGUCACACAUGACUGGGAAUAUCCCCUACGCACUUCGCAGAAAAGCCAAUACACCCCAUAUCUCAGACAUGAAGACACCUGCGAUAUCCCCGAUGCCCAAGAGUGUACCGAGCGCCCGAAAAUCGAUGCCGGCACACCUUCAAUUGAGCAGCGCCUUUCUGAUGCCCACCCUGUGUCGAAGACAGAUGGUUUACCGGGAAGCAAAGCGAAUGCCAAAUUGAAGGACGAAGUUCCAUGCAGCGUAAACGGCCGAGCCAUGGUAGAACGCGCUUUGCAUGAGGGCAUUAAAGCCAUCUUUCACAUGCGUCGACAAAACGACGACCCAACUGCAAAGAAGAAACCGAGGAUUAGCCCUAGAUCUAAUUUGUCCAUCACAUGGCUGAAAAGGAGCACUGAUAUUGCCGCCAGAACACUUCGUUCUCAACUUCUCGUUUGGUCUAUGCAUCAACGUCUUCUCUCUGCCUAUGACGUCGUCGCAACACUACCUGUAUUGCAUAUGUCAAGCCCCAGAAAGCAUACUCGACCGACCCAUUUGCCAUCCGCAGCGGCUCGAGAGCGUUUGCUGCGUGAAAUCAACGAGCUCCUUCCUCGCGUGGAAGAGAUUGGCAGUCGGCUGACGAAGCGACCGAGGAUCUCCCGUCGGCGAAAGUGCUUCUUUGAGUCUGACCCGUGGACCGUUUACGUCAAGCGUUUGCAAUCAUCUGUUUGCGAAGAUGGAAUGCGAAAGCACGCCGCGGGAUGCGCUGGGCAUCAGUUAACGACUGGGACGCUUGACAAAGCAUGGAGAUGUUGCGCCUGUCUUUCGUACAACACCUUACCUUUGUCGAUAUGCAACGUUUGCAGCUCUCCAUACUGCGAGAUGGAAGAAGCGUGGGUUGAGGACCACAGUACAUUGUUGAACCAGCGUUUCAAAGCAGUGCUCAGCAGUGGUACGGCCGCAUCCACACCUUGGAUAUUUGGCCAAACUGUGCUUCCGACUCAGCACCGGCUUCCAAAUGGCUCUGAUGACAGUACUUUAUCAGUCGGAGGGGAGAGGCGCAACGUUCCGAUCAGACCACCACACCAGAACGAAAACCGACACCUGAUGUUGUCAAAGAUAGCCAACAGUCCCCUUUCGUCACCAGAGGACAACAGCGGGAUGGCCCUUCCGCCCGGCUUUGACCUUAUUGAGAGGUUCAAUACGAGAAUGUCUUUCGGGGACCCAAACCACACUGUUCGCAAUGAUGUCAACCACAGGGCCCAAGGCAACUGCGAUACUGGGCAACGCCUCGCACCAAUUUCCAAUCACGUAAAUCCUGUGCCCACACAUCGACCUUCACAAGUACGUCCUGCGCGCUUGGCCACGUCCGCGCCGAAUGGUCCCUCACUGAUGGAGAUGGAUAUGUCUCGCAAGAUUGGCCUUCGCAUGGAUUCUCAUGGUAGACGUGAAACUCCAUCAGACUCAGAGUUCUCAAGAGGAUUGAACCUGAUCAAUUCAAGUAUAGAUGAUAAUUACGUGGGGAUUCCACUGAGCACUUCCGUUGGUGUCCCUCCUUUUCUGAGUCCAGAGGGUUUCGCAUCCUCAUUACCGCACGAUUUAUCCCCGAUACAAAGUUUUGGGGCACCGAGUGUCUACGGUUCUUCACUCCGAAGAGAACGCCACUCCAAAGCUAACUCCAAACAGCAAGAACAGACGGAAUCAAAUCGUCAACCAAUACGAAAAACUGUGUUUGCUAAUAGUGGAUUCGAAGAACUGGCACAGGGAUCAUAUGAGGCGGUCGAGGACACCCAAUCUUCGUUAAUGGAUCGAAUGAUGAAAGGGACAGCCAUAAAUAUUCCGCCUUCGAAUUCACCUGGUGAGCCAUCACAAGAUGAAAUUGCUGCCCGAGAGGCUCUUGCUGCGGCAAUUGAUGCCGCAAAUGGAGGGACUGGUUCUGCUACGAAGGAAUCACUCCGCGCAGUUUCAGCCGUGGUUUCAUCUGGUCGAGGCCAUUCGGGCUCUCAAAGCGAAAGCCUUCAAAACGGGACUUACAACAUGUUUUGA